CUGCCGGCGACGAGGCGUCCGUCCGCUACCGCCGUAGAGUUGUCAGCGGCUUUUGGGUACCCGCGCCGUUGUGGUAGUUGUCGCGUACCGGCCGAGUCAAACCGACGAGUGGACAUCUCGCCGUUUUCGUUCGUCCCACCCUUUCCGUCCCCGCCCGCAACAAGUGUUCAGUGGACGCCGUACACACACGAAACAACAAUUACACACUAUUCGUCGUCGUCUCCGGCCAUCUGACGACCGCCGGACACAUUCGUUUCAACGAUCAUCCAUCGUAAAAUAACCAAGGAAAAAAUGCCUCGAGGUGCUGACACAAUACUCUGGCAGAUCAAAUCACCGUACGCUACAUAGCUCUCUCAAUCUGAUGAAAAAAUUGAACUAAAGUACUGCAUGACUGACUAACACUAAUCGACGGCCUGGAGCGUCGAGAAAAUAUAAUAAAUAAAUAAAAACAAUAUUAAAGAUGAUACCUACAAAUGUCAUGUCAUUUAUCAACAAAAUCGUACCAGAGGGUAAUUCUGGAUCUGAAUCCUCAGUUCCUGAACAAGGAACAAGGUUCAGUAAAAUACGACAGACAUUAUCAUCUAGUUUAAUGACGGCACAAGAUAAAAUGACUACAAAACUAAACAGUGCUAGUAAUAGACCUAGUCCAGCUGAAAGCAGUCCUACACCAAGUCCUGCAUCACCACCAGAAGAUGUAACGACAAAACAACCGUCUGUUAUAUCGAAACCAGAAACUAGCAAGCAACCAGCUUGCAGGGCAGGAGGUUGUCGCGUUUGUCUUAAAAGUUUUAAAGAGGGUGAUUAUUCUCGUGUUUGUUUUGGAUGUAAGUUCAAAGUAUGUGAAGAUUGUGCUACUUCAUACACAAAAAUUGAUGAAAACCAAGACGAGAACACGUGGUGCUGUAGCAUUUGCCGAAGAAAACAACAUAACACUUCCAUACUACAACCAGUAUUAGCACAAAAUUCUACAGAUAGUUUAUUAGACGUGCCUAUAGUAGAUACUCUACAACGGCGGCAUUCGGAUGUUAAAAUCGGAAGGAACUCUGGAGGUAGUGGAUCCGGUAAUGGAUCACUGGGCUCGGGGUUAGCACCACCACGGUCACCAGAACUUAGGCGACACUCGGACGUUUCACCAGCAACGCUAAAAGAUAUGGAAAAGGCUGCGGCUGCACUUAAAGUUGGAGAUAGAAGUAGAAUUACAGACGAUAAAUUAUGGAGUAGAGAUACUGGUUUGAGGCAAAAACGUGGAUCUGCUGGUGCAGUUGUUGGUCAAAAUACGAAUCAGUCUCAACCAUCUGUUUUUCGAUUCAACGAAUCUCGCAGAGAGUCAAAAAUAUCUAUACCAACUGACGAAUCCAUCGAUGACCCUGAAGAUGCAGAAAAUCGAUGGAGGCGGGGUGCUCGUGGUGCAGUUCAGAGGGUUAGAAGAAAGUCUAGGGUGCAAAAGCAGCACAGUUACGAUGAUGAUAUAAAAACAGGAACUGGGCAAGGUAUACAGGGUGCUGUGUCAAAUUUGACAGCAGAUGGACAAGCUCAAUUGCCAAGAAGAGCGUCUGCUUAUGAUGUUUACCAAAAUCGUUUGGAUCAAGCUUCAUCGCCAGCAAAUCGUAGAUCGAGUUUUCGUACUCAACCGGAUGAUGAUAGUGGAAAUAAUUUACAGUCACUAAAAGAUCCUUCUCAAAAUAUAUGUGAUGAAGAUUGGAGACCCCGAAGGCGUGGCUCUCAAUUGCCGGAUAUUAGUGGUUUGCGGUCAGCUGCAGACUCUAGAAAUGGAGGUCGUAAUUCAUUUUCCGGCCGAUGUAAUACAGAUGGGUUACAACAACAACCACAGCAACCCCAGCCACCUACAGCAACUAUACAAGAACAAGAACAAAAUGACACAAUUCGUAGACAAACAUCUGUAGCAGGCGAGGACAUAAAAAUAGUAAUACACGACGUCGAUUUUGAUCCCAACGUAAUGGGUGUUCGUUCCGGUUCCAAGCGAAAAGUGAUAUUGAAACGUGAUAUGACCGAUAAAGCUCACCGAACUCGGGGAUUUGGAAUGAGAGUAGUAGGCGGCAAAAUUGGGCCAGAUGGACAAAUGUUCGCAUCGAUCGUGUGGACUGUUCCCGGAGGUCCUGCGGAAAAAUCUGGGCUUCAACAAGGAGACAAGGUGCUUGAAUGGGCUGGUAUAUCUUUGGCGAACCGAAGUUUUGAAGAAGUUUGUGGUAUCAUUGAUCGCUCCGGCGAUGUCGUUGAGCUUUUAGUUGAACAAGGAUACGAAUUAAGAAUAUGCGAUUUGCUGGAUGAACCUGGUCCAAUGACGUCGAGGAAAAAUUCUGGUGAAGCAAUGGGCUUACAAUUAGAUGGUUCUGAUUCACCGGCAUCGCCCACUAGAAGAAAACUUCCCAAGACUCCGACAUCUGGAGCUACGCAAUCAUCAUUGGAAGAACCCAUUCGUGAAAGAAAUAUCAUCGGUGGUAUUCAGAUGCAAGUCUGGUACAGAGAUGGAAAGAAUGAGUUAUCAAUAUCUGUAUUGGCAGCAAACGGAUUACAAAUGAGAAAUGAUGCCGAUUAUGGAUCCCUGCCAGAAGCAUAUGUACAAAUAAAACUACUACCAUUUACCGUUGACACAAAUAUUGUUAAAACCGAUAUUGCUGAACCGUCACUCAAUCCAAUGUGGAACACGACCUUAGAAAUGCCAAACGUUCGCUCUGAAACACUAAUUGAAAAGCAAAUGGAAGUAACACUUUAUGAUUAUAGGCCCGAAAAAGAAGACGUUAUACUAGGCGAAUUUGUGGUGAAUUUACAAAGCGCACUUUUGGAUAACGCAAUGAUAUGGUAUGAACUCGAAUCUCCUAACCAUAGCAAAGCAUCGAAGUCUCCUAGGAGUUCAAUAUCUGAUACUGGAAAAGGAUUUAAAAGGGAAAUUCGAUCGGUAUCAGAGGAACGUGAAUUAGAUGGGUUUUUGCAUCCGGAUCAUGCCUACAUGGCUAACUCUCGAAGGGGUUCUAGUCAGUCUGAACAGUUAGACGUCGAACCUUAUCAGUUAAACAAAGACUUCUCUAGGUCGUUGCCAGGAUCUCGUCGUAGUUCCUUUCAAUCUACUCAAAAUAUAGACAAAGCAGAUCCUGAGCUAGUUACAACUUAUGCAAGUAAAAGUCGCAGAAGAAGCUCGUGUACACCACGCCAGGAUCCAGAUGAAAUAUUGAAGAAUUUAAAAGCUGUUAAAGGAGAAUUACUCGGUCGAAGCAUGAGUAUAAGUGAUAAAAGAGGAAUGAGAAGAGGAAGUAUGUCGAUUCGACCUCGUAAAGAUUCGGUACCAGAAAAGUCCGAAAUUAUGUAUAAGUACGAAGACGAAUAUAACGGGGAACCCAUUCUACUUGGACCCGGCCAAAUCAUGCCAAGGGGCUUUGGUAUGAGUUCAGGUUCUCACAUUGAAUUGAAAUUAGGUUUAUUAAUGACUAAAGGUCAACUAGAAGUCGACGUAGUUUGUGCUCGAGGUAUUCGCGCUGAGGAUUCACCACCUGACACAUAUGUGAAAACAUAUCUUCGAGAAAACGAUCGGUGGUUGCAGAAGCGUAAAACUCGAGUUGUUCGUCAUAAUUGUAAUCCAGAAUACAACCAAACUCUUCGUUAUUCAGCAUGUGACGUAUUAGGAAGAUCUCUUUUAGUUAUGCUUUGGGAACGUCAGAAAGGGUUUGAGCACAAUCAAGGUUUAGGUGGAGCUGAAGUUACAUUAGAUUCAUUGAAGCUGACCCAAGUUACUGAAGGAUGGUACCCAUUAUUUCCAAUCCAGAGUUUGGGAUCAGACUCUAAUGACUCCCCGUAAUUAAAUUGUACAAUAAAAUUUCAUCGAUAAAUUUAUUCCAAUAUUUGAAUACAUAAGACUUAUUGGUUUAAUAUUGAUUUGAAAAAGAACGCUAUGUUUUUUAUUUAUAAGUAUUUUCAAUAAUCAUUUUAUUAUAAAUUAUAGAUGAAUACAUAUGAUUUGUAUGUAGAAAAAAAUUUUAUGACUUGACCUAAUAAUGGUGGUAUGUCCUGUUCUAAUUUUGUGUGAAAUUAAUACCUAUGUAUUUAAAUUAAAACUAUUUCUUUAGUCAAUAAAUACAUGUAUGAAAUGUGAGCUUGAUGAAACCAAAUUUGGCCAUAAAUGUAAACAGAUAACGUGCCACUGGGUCUUAGACAAUACUCUUUAAUAAUGUCUUUAAGACAUUCAAUUUUGUACUCUUAUAGUUUAAGUGUAAUAUCUUAAGACUUUUAAAAUUUUACUUAAAAUGUGUUUUAUAUGCAUAAUUGAUCCAAUAUAAUUUGUAUGGUCCAAAACAACUUUUAAAAAAACUAGUCUAAAUUACAUUUAUUCUUCUUCACAACAAACAAUGCAGAAUUAUGACAUGUAUAUAUAUAUAUUUUAAAUUAAUUAAUUAAAAUUAAUUUUAAAUAAAUAAAUAUUAUGAGAAAAAAACAAAGUUCAGUACAGUAGAAAUUUUCAAUUAAAGUUU